AAAGGCAUCCUCGAAAAAGAAAAAGGGAAAAACAAAAGGAAAAAGGAUCGAAGAUGCUUAAUCGCUUGACGCAACGAAGCUUCUCUUCUUCCUCCACUUCAAUUGAGAUUUGAAAACCCAAGGGUUGUUCAACAACUCUCUCUCUGAAACCCUAAUUUUCUCUCUCUCUCUCUCUCUCUCUCUCUCUCUCUCUCUGCAAUCAUCUCACAUGGGCCUGGAUCAGGCACCUCCAGCGGCGGCCGCAUCAGCUUCUUCGCUGGCUCCAGGGUUUCGAUUCCAUCCCACCGACCAAGAACUCGUGGGGUUCUACCUCAGGCGCAAGGUCUUCGGAAAGCCCUUCCGCUUCGACCCCAUCUCCGUCAUCGACAUCUACAAGUGCGAGCCUUGGGACCUCCCAGGGAAGUCGAGGCUGAAGAGCCGGGACUUGGAGUGGUACUUUUUUAGUGCACUAGAUAAGAAGUAUGGAAAGGUGACUGGGAGGACAAAUAGGGCUACUGAAAAGGGGUACUGGAAGACAACUGGGAAAGACAGACCGAUCCGUUACAAGUCACGGACUGUUGGGAUGAAGAAAACACUUGUUUAUCACUGUGGGAGGGCUCCAAGGGGCGAGAGGACCAAUUGGGUGAUGCAUGAGUAUAAACUUGUGGACGAGGAGUUUGAGAAAACUGGAAAUGUUCAGGAUGCGAUGGUGUUAUGCAGAGUAUUUCGAAAGAGUGGUACAGGGCCAAAGAAUGGGGAACAAUAUGGGGCACCUUUUGAUGAGGAGGAGUGGGAUGACGAGUUGGUUCUAGUUCCUGGACAAGAUGAUACGGAGGGAGCGGCAGGUGGGGAUGAUGCCUAUCUGGAUGGCAAUGACCUUGAGCAGAUUCUCGGUGCAGACAUUUCAUCGGAAGAUGUUCCCCUUCCUUUGAGCUUCUAUUACGAGGACAGUAGCAGUCAUUUCCAGGAGCCAUUGGUCUCUGACAAUGACAAUCAAAAGCUUUUGGUGGAUGUGGGUGAAAAUUACUCUGCUCCAGAGCAGCCCGAUGGGCAGAAUUUAUUUGAUCUACCAGUCCAAAAUGACAUGUACAUGAAUCCGGUAAGGCAUGAAUAUAUAGGGGAACCGAGCCAUUCUGUGAAUUCUGAGGAUGCAGACUACUUACUUGAUGACCCAUUCUUGGAUGCUACUGAUAACCCUCCAUUUGAUGAGGGGGCAUUUUUGGAAGCUAAUGACCUUUCUAACUCCAUUAAAGUGGAAUCCUCUGGGUUUGACAUCCUAGAAGACUACCUUACAUUCUUUGAUUCAGAUGAAAAUGAGAACCUUGUUUCUGACCAAGCAUCCCUCGCCCAAGAGUAUGCUAAUGGAGGAGCCCCACAAGAGACCAUGGGAAGCCAACAGCUUACACAAGGAAAUUACAAUGAUGUUGCAUCAACAUCAAAGCAAGAGCCUGGAAACUUUGGAUCCGGUAUUGAUAAUAUCCAGUAUCCAUUCCCGAAUAAGGCAAGUUGUAUGUUGGAAAGCAUCUCUGCUCCUCCUGCUUUUGCUUCGGAUUUCCCUUCCAAAGAUGCUGCUGCUCUUCGGUUGAGUUCUACUGCUCAUUCUUCAAAUUCGAUCCAUGUUACUGCCGGUAUCAUCCGAAUAAGAAAUAUGACCUCUGGUGGCAACGGGACGUACUGGUCACUUAGUAAGGACGUGGAUGUCAAUAUAGUCAUUUCUUUUGGCUUGUCUCACAAUGAUGCCAGCUUGGAGCCGAAGUCUGGUUCUGGAAUGUCAUGGGGCUGGCUCUACCUGUUAUUUUUGUGGGUCCUGAUUAUUUCAAUGAGCUUCAAAAUUGGGAGUUACAUGUACACAGGCAAGGCUUCAUGAAAGGAUGAUCGAUUUAAUGCAAGCAGAAACAGUACUGUCGACUGGCCACGUAGAGAAAUGCAAAAAAAAAAAAGGGCUUUCAUUUGAUUUUGAUUGACGAAUUAGGAUUGCCUCCCAGAAUCUAUAAUCCCUUUUGGGUGAUACUAACUUAUUAUUACCCUGAUAGAGUCAUAGAACACAAUAAAAGAAGUGGGUCAUUAUCUGUUACGACUGUGCUAAAUUAGGGAUAUUAUUCAUUCUGCAAGCCUCAUCAUUCCUCUUGUAAACGUUUGGCUAACUUCCUUUGGUUUGUAGUUGCUUGCUGUUUUUCAGAUUUCUGCUUCAAUGUUGAAAUUAACUUUCAAAGCAGUCCUGGAAGUUGGCAUAUCAUGGUUGGAAUUUGAAGUCGAUGGACUUGGGUUGUGGUGUUGACAAGAAUUUGUGCAGGUUUCAACUGUAAAUGAACUUAGUGUUUCAUAGUAAUGAACUUAUUUAAGAUCA